AUGGCGAGCACCGACCAUCCGUCACCAGCUGCAGGCAACGCAAGCUCGACCACACCGGGUGGACACCAGCUGUCCGUCGACGAACGGAUCGCGAAAGCGGCGGAACUCAAGGCCGAGGGCAACGCCCGCUUUGCCGCCGACGACCUCGACGCGGCGCUCAAGGCGUGGCAUCAUGCCCUGCUCUAUUCCGCGGGCAUCAACAGCUUUUCGACGCUCUACGGCUCCCGGUCCACCGACGAGCAGAACAGAAAAGCCGAGGAAAUCACCAGGGCCGUGUGGAACAACAUGGCCGCGUGCUACCUCCGUCGUGAGCAGUGGGACAAGGCCGUUUUGGUCACGACAAAGGUCCUCAACUCGGAUCCAAAGAACCUAAAGGCCCUCUACCGCCGCACCCAGGCCCACCUCGCCCUCGGAUCUACCCAGAACGCAGCCAAGGACCUCGACGUGGCGCUCGACAAGUCGCCAAACGAUCCCGCGGUGCGAAAGCUGGCCGAGGAGCUUGUCAAGCUCGUGGAGAAGAAUGAGGCGGAACAGUCGGCUGCGACGACGGAAGCGACCAUCGCCGAGAUCGUCGAUGAUGGACCGCCAUGA